AUGUCACCAUAUACUAACGUUACUUUUUCUCAAACCAAGCACCAGAACUGUAAACUUACUACUAUACUAGAGUUUCUUUUGUUUUCAGGAAACAAGGAGAAAGGAACAGAGAAGGAAUUGGCCGCCAUCCUCGCAUUCACCACAACUCAUAACAACAGAAAAGUAGUCGCACACAAUGCCCCUGCGUCCGCCGCCAGGCUUCCAUCUCCGACUUUGACCGUGCUUCCAGAAACCUACACUGCAACUGAUCCUCCAUCAACAUCGGACAAAGUAGCAUCACCACACAGGUUCGAAAUCGACGAUGCGCCUCCUGCCGUAAGAACCGCCAGCUUCCUCCCGCUCCCAAACUCACCAUUCUCCGAUAACACCCCUAUUGACCACCACGGAUCUCGCUACCCAGCCGCUCAGAUCAGACCAGAUCCGACCGUCCAGCCCACGAAGUCGUCACGAUCUGCAUAUAGAACCCGCCGUGAAAACCGCCAUGGACGCCGUGUUGCACUCUGUCCCUUUCAGUUCCGCUGA